AUGACUACUCACGUCGAGGGCCGCCAAUACGAUGUCAUCUUUGCAGGUGGUGGCACUGCAGCAUGCGUGGCCGCUGGUCGUCUAGCUGCGGCGGAUUCUAGCCUCUCCAUUCUUCUUGUCGAGGGGGGCAAGAACAACUACAACGAUCCGACUGUCGUCAAUCCAGCCAUGUAUCUCGUCCACUUGGCUCCAGGUUCUCAGACAGCAUUAUUCUACGAAGCGAAUCCCGAAGAAGCCCUCAACGGCCGUAAAGCCAUAGUCCCUAGCGGUGGCAUUCUGGGAGGAGGAAGUUCCAUCAAUUUCAUGAUGUAUACUCGCGCACAAGGAGUGGACUUUGACGACUGGGAGACUGAAGGUUGGGCUGCAAAGGAUCUUCUACCAUUGAUGAAGAGGUCACUGCACGGACACGAAGGUCCAGUUCACGUCUCGAACGGAACGUAUUUCCAAGAAGAAGCGGCGCAAGAUGUGCUCAAUGCUUCCAUUGCAACUGGUCAUGAGGUCACAGCCGAUGCGCAGGAUCUCCACAAGGAUAUCAGAGGCCUCAAGGGAGUUGGUGUCUUCUCGCGCCAGGAUGCUGCACAUGCGUAUAUCCAUCCUCUGAUGCAAUCUGGCGACUACCCGAAUUUACACCUCUUGCUUAACAGCAAGGUGAACCGAGUGACUUUCGACGAAAACAAUCGAGCGAACGGUAUCGAGUAUGUUCCAACACCAUCAUCACAACCAGUGGGUGGCGUCAACAGCACCGGUCCCUUCCAGGUUACCGCAAGAAGAAUGGUCGUCGUUUCUGCCGGAGCGCUCGGCACGCCAUCCAUCCUCGAAAGAUCUGGCGUUGGGAGCAAGGAAGUUCUCGAGAAACUCAAUAUCCCGGUGUUGAGCGAUCUGCCAGAUGUUGGAGAGCAUUAUCAGGAUCACCAUCUGGUCCUCUACCCCUACAAGACCUCCCUGAAACCUUCAGAGUCCCUUGAUGGGUUGCUCAGUGGCCGCAAAGACUUUGGUGAAGCCAUUCAGAACCAGGACCCGAUGCUCGGGUGGAACGGUAUCGACGUUUGCUCCAAGAUCAGACCCACAGACAAAGAGAUCGAAGCCAUGGGCCCAAACUUCAAGGAACACUGGAACAGAGAUUUCAGAGACCGCCCGACCAGGCCUGUUAUGUUGACUGGUGUCGUCCAGAGCUUCCUAGGAGACCACAAAGUCCUGCCUCAACGCGAAGACGGCGAGCCACAGCAGUACUGUACGAUGGGUGCAUACACUGCUUACCCUUAUUCUCGCGGAGAUAUUCAUAUCACCUCGAAGGAUGUCACGACACCUGCGAGCUUCAACACUGGAUUCUUCAAAGCAGAAGCAGACGUUCAGAAGCAAAUCUGGGCGUACAAGAAGCAGCGCGAGAUCUAUCGCAGGACCUAUGCAUACAGCGGUGAACUGGACUUUGGACAUCCCAAGUUCCCUGUAGGUAGCAAAGCCGCGUUGCAGGAUGGUCCCGUUGCAAAAUUCUCAUCGCAAGAAGAUCGAAACAACCUUCCGGAGAUUGAAUACAGCGCCGAAGAUGAUGAAGCCAUCGAAAAGCACGUACGCGACAACGUGAACACAACUUGGCAUUCGCUAGGAACAUGUCGCAUGGCACCGCGCGACAAGGGAGGAGUCGUCGAUGCCAACCUGAAUGUAUAUGGAGUCACUGGCUUGAAGUUGUGUGAUCUUUCCAUCUGCCCUGGUAAUGUCGGUGCAAACACCAACAACACAGCGUUACUUGUUGGCGAGAAGGCGGCCGAUAUACUCGCCAAAGACCUGGGACUUGGAGAAAUUGGACAGUCCCUGAGACGUAUGGACUCGGCAGAUCCACGGUCAGAGAAGGUGUGA